AUGGCGUCCAUAUUCCGAAGCGAGGAAAUGUGUUUGUCACAGCUCUUUCUCCAGGUGGAGGCUGCAUACUGCUGUGUCGCUGAGCUUGGAGAGCUUGGAUUGGUUCAGUUCAAAGAUUUAAAUGUGAAAGAGAGCCGCUUCCAGAGGAAAUUUGUGAAUGAAGUCAGAAGGUGUGAAUCAUUGGAAAGAAUCCUGCGUUUUCUGGAAGAUCAGAUGCAAGAUGAGAUUGAGAUUCAGGUGCCUGAGAAGUCCCCGCUGACCCCUUUCCCACGGGAAAUGAUCAUCCUGGAGACUGCUCUAGAAAAACUGGAAGGAGAGCUUCAGGAAGCCAAUCAGAACUAUCAGGCUUUGAAGAAAAACUUCCUAGAACUGACGGAAUUCAAAUAUCUCCUGAAGAAAACCCAGGACUUCUUUGAGACAGAAGCCAACUUAGCAGAUGAUUUCUUUGUAGAAGACACUUCUGGUCUCCUGGAGUUAAGACCUGCGCCUGCGUACAUUAGUGGAAAGCUGGGGUUCACAGCCGGUGUGGUCAACCGGGAGAGGAUGGCUUCCUUUGAGAGGCUGCUGUGGCGAAUUUGCCGAGGAAACAUCUAUGUAAAGUUCAGUGAGAUGGACACAGUUCUGGAAGAUCCUGUUACAAGAGAAGAAAUUAAAAAGAAUAUAUUCAUCAUAUUUUAUCAAGGAGAACAGCUCAGGGAGAAAAUCAAGAAGGUCUGUGAUGGGUUUCGAGCCACUGUAUACCCCUGCCCAGAGCUGGCGUUGGAGCGCAAAGAGAUGCUGCAGGGUGUCAACAUGAGGCUGGAAGAUUUAUUCACCGUGUUAACACAGACAGAGUCUCACCGUCAGAGCCUCCUGCAAGAAGCAGCUGCCAACUGGCACUCCUGGGCCAUGAAAGUGCAGAAGAUGAAGGCCAUAUACCACAUCCUGAACAUGUGCAACAUCGACAUCACCCAGCAGUGUGUCAUCGCUGAGAUCUGGUUCCCGGUGGCAGACACCGCGCGCAUCAGGAGGGCGCUGGAGCAAGGCGUGGAACUAAGUGGCUCCUCCAUGGUCCCCAUCUUGACAGCAGUGCAGUCUAAAACAGCUCCUCCCACGUUUAACAGGACAAAUAAAUUCACAGCUGGCUUCCAGAAUAUUGUAGAUGCAUAUGGCAUAGGCAGUUACCGGGAGAUGAACCCAGCUCCCUACACCAUCAUCACUUUCCCCUUCCUGUUCGCCGUGAUGUUUGGAGACUGUGGUCAUGGAACUGUGAUGUUCCUGGCAGCCCUUUGGAUGGUCCUUAAUGAGAAACACUUGCUCGCUCAAAAGUCGACCAAUGAGAUUUGGAACACCUUCUUCCAUGGGCGCUACCUCAUCCUUCUCAUGGGCAUCUUCUCCAUCUACACGGGCUUGAUCUAUAACGACUGCUUCGCCAAGUCUUUGAACAUCUUUGGCUCUUCCUGGAGUGUCCAACCCAUGUUCAGAAAUGGCACGUGGAGUAUGCAGGUAUUGAAAACGAAUCCUCUGUUGCAGCUGGACCCAGCCGUUCCGGGAGUAUACUCUGGAAAUCCAUACCCAUUUGGAAUUGAUCCGAUUUGGAACUUGGCUUCAAACAAGCUAACGUUUUUGAACUCCUAUAAGAUGAAGAUGUCAGUUAUCCUGGGAAUUGUCCAGAUGGUUUUUGGUGUCCUUCUCAGCCUUUUCAAUUACAGGUUCUUCAGAAACACUUUGAACAUCAUUCUGCAGUUCAUCCCUGAGAUGAUUUUUAUCCUGAGUCUUUUUGGAUACCUGGUCUUCAUGAUCAUCUUCAAAUGGUGCUCCUUCAGUGUCUCUGUGUCCCGGCGAGCCCCGAGCAUCCUUAUCCACUUCAUCAACAUGUUCCUAUUUAACUACAAGGACUCUUCGAAUGUACCUCUGUACCAAUAUCAGCAAGAAGUCCAGAGUUUCUUUGUUAUCAUGGCUUUGAUCUCUGUGCCAUGGAUGCUUCUGAUUAAGCCGUUUAUCCUUAGAGCCAACCAUCGGAAAUCCCAGCUGCAGGCCUCCGGAAUCCCAGAAGACCCCACCGAGAACACUGAGGGCGACAGCUCUGGCCGCAGCGCUUCUGCAGGUGCCCAUGGGGCUCAGGAUGACCACGAUCAAGAGUUCAAUUUUGGAGACAUCUUUGUGCAUCAGGCCAUCCACACGAUCGAGUAUUGUUUGGGCUGCAUUUCCAACACAGCCUCCUACCUCCGGCUUUGGGCCCUCAGUCUGGCACACGCACAGCUGUCUGAAGUGCUCUGGACGAUGGUGAUGCACAUCGGCCUUCGCGUGCGCGGCUGGGGAGGACUCAUUGGGGUCUUCAUCAUUUUUGCCGUGUUCGCUGUUCUGACGGUAGCCAUCCUUCUGAUCAUGGAGGGCCUCUCCGCUUUCCUGCAUGCCCUGCGGCUGCACUGGGUGGAGUUCCAAAACAAGUUCUACACCGGGGCUGGUUACAAGUUCUCUCCAUUCUCCUUCAAACAAAUCCUGGAUGGGACAGCUGAGGAGUAGCUGCAC